AUGGAGGCCAAACUCAAUCCUCUGUUCGAGGCCGCCGUGAAAGAGAAAAGGGUGCCCGGUAUUGGGGCCAUGGUCGUUGAUUCCAAGGGCAACUUUUUGCUCAAAGAAACAUUUGGGACCAACAAUCUUGCUGACACCAACGCUGCUUCUUUCGACGCCGACACUACUAUGCAGAUGCACUCAUGCACGAAACUCUUGACCAGUAUUGCGGCCCUUCAGUUGAUGGAGCAAGGCAAACUCUCUCUUGCGGACCCCGUCGAAAAAUUCGUACCUCGAAUAUCCCGAGUCCAAGUCCUCGAGUCUUUCACGACGGGUGACCAGCCACAGCCUAUUCUCCGCACGCCAAAGUCAAAGCCGACCAUUCUUCAACUCUUGACACAUACGGCCGGCUUCUCCUAUGAUAUCUUUGAUGUUCCGACACUGCAAUUUCGCAUGUCCACCGGUCGGGCUCCAGCAUCAUAUCACACCACUGGUGUCUGGGAAGAUUUUGAAACUCCUCUGCUUGCCGACCCAGGGACGAAGUACAUCUACGGGAUAAACACUGACUGGCUCGGUUUCGUGGUACAAAACGUUUCGGGGAUCCUUUUGCCAGAAUACAUUGACCAAAUGAUUCUUAGACUUCUGGGUAUGAAUGCGACUAGCGCCUACCUGACCGAGGGGAAAGAGAGGUUGCUCACUCAUUUCAACAUCGACGACAAAUUAAAUGCGGACCCCGAUGCGAAGAACUCGGAAACCGUCGACAUUUGGGGAGGGGGCGCGUACAUUUACUCGACGAUGAACGACUAUGCGAAACUGCUCGCCACCAUCCUUAAUGAGGGAACCAGUCCUGAGACUCACAAUUCCAUUCUCAAACCUGCCACCAUCAAAGAAUACCUCUUCACCGACCACCUCCCUUCGAACAUUGACAAAUCCCUUCUUGGAGAAAUCGGUACGAGCAUUCCUCUCUUGUCCUCCGAAGGCUCUUUUUUUCCCUCCCUCCCUAUAAGUUCUCGUGGCUGGUCCUGUGGUUUAUUGCUGAAUCAUGAGGACUUACCUUACGGGCGCAAGAAAGGGAGCGGUGCAUGGUGCGGUCUGGGGAACUUGUACUAUUGGAUUGAUCCUGCAUCCAACAUGGCAGGCAUGGUCUGUAGCGCCAUUUUGCCAUUCUUCAACCCAUCUGUCAUGAAGUUGUUUGAUCAGGUGGAGAGAGUGGCAUACGGUCAUGAUGUGAGUGGUCCCGAGGACGAUGGAAAAGGAAAUCAUCGUAUCGGACCUUCUGGGUCGAGCCAGGUCCAGAUAUAA